UGGAAUGGGAAUCGUGGGAUCUUUUUAGAGACCAGUUUCACCUUGAGGACAAGGUGCUAUUUGAACAGGGAGGAGAUGUAAGAAACAUAAGCUCAAUUCCCCUCACUCUUGUUGCUAGCACUGAGAGUAUAGAAGGGUUGGUUCCUAACACACAUGAUGACCCACAGAAGGGCCCAAAUCUUCCCAACACUGCACUUGAGGAAAGGCCUAGAAGGGAGACACGUCAACCCCAACGUAUGAAUGAUUAUGUU